CCAUUACCAGGCCUGCCUGUGUCCCCAGCCAGCCGCCGCAGGAGAGGAGCUUCCCGUGCGCGACGCCGCCUCCGACUCCCACCCGCGCCGGCGCCGAGAGGCAGCUUCCGAUAACCGCCUCCAGACCCCGUGCUCCGCCCCGCCCUCCCGGACUGCACCACUGCAAGCCCCCUGCCAGCCGGUAUGGUUCGGUCCGCCUCGCCAGGGUUCGGCCUCCACACGCCGGUCUCUCCCCCACGCGCGUCACCGCCUCGCUGCGAGUCCGUUUCCACAUCCUCUUGCUUCUCAGGUGAAUGCUCUAUCCUUGGAGCUGCAGCAUAAACCAUAUCAUGCUGUCCAAUUCGAGGCCAAUUAGUUGUUACUUGUUUUCUUGUCUGUGCAACCAUGGGGAUACUACCAAUGAUUCUAGGAGAUCUAGCCAGGAAUGUUGAUGCAAACAUCAAUAAGAUUGCAGUGCUGAAUCCGUUCAGGAGGUUGUCGGGAUCUAUCGCUGGCAGAAAUUCUGGAUCGAGUAGGCUAUGUGGCAUUGACAAGCUUGCUCUGUUGUUCCAAACCUGUGCAGAUGUGAGGUCUGUGAAGAAGCUCCACGCUCGCGUUUUUACACUCGGACUUGGCAGGGAUGCUAUUCUUGGCUUUAAGAUCCUGAACUGUUAUGCCAAUUUAGGUUUCCUACCGAACACAAGAUUUGUUUUCCAGGGGAUUUUAAAUAAGGAUCUUGCCAUGUGGAAUUCGUCCAUGGUUGAUUAUUUCAGAGCUGGUUAUCAAGAGGAAGUUAUUAUUUUGUACAAGGGAUUGAAGUUGCAUAAGAUUUGUAUGGAUGGGAAAACAAUUACUUUUGGCUUGAAAAGCUGCACUGAGCUUCAGAAUUUGUUAUUGGGCAAAGGAAUGCAUGCAGACUCACUGAAGCUUGGCCUCAGUGGGGAUAAAUUUGUUGGUUCUUCCCUCGUUGGUUUAUACUCUAAGCUUGGCAGGAUGGAUGAUUCACAGAAGGCGUUUGGAGAGAUCCUGGGCAAGGAUAUUGUUGCUUACACGUCGAUGAUCAGUGGCUAUUCUGAAGUUAUGGAUUCAAUUUCAUGGAAUGCAUUUGAAAUUGCCAGUGACAUGCUGUGGAACAACUUGGGAGUAAACCGUGUGACUUUGGUUAGCUUGCUGCAGGUUGCUGGGAAUUUGGGAGCAAUUAGAGAAGGUAAAUCAGUCCAUUGCUAUUCCAUUAGGAGAGGAAUUGGUGUCUCAGAUGAAAUUCUGGAGACCAGCCUUGUUGACAUGUAUACUCGAUGUGGAGCUUACCAAUUAGCAUCUGCUGUCUUGAAUAAUUCUGAAGGAACUGUGGCUUCCUGGAAUGCUAUGCUUGCUGGUCUUGCUCGGACUGGACAGAGUGCAAAUGCAAUCAUCUGUUUUUCUGUCAUGCUACAUGAGCAUAAAGUAAUUCCAGAUUCAGUAACCUAUGCAAAUGUGCUUUCUGCUUGUUCUGAGUUAUGCUAUUAUGGCUAUGCUGCUAGUGUUCAUGCCUACCUAACAAGAAGAUAUAUUCCUCUGGAUGUAGUUUUGGCCACAGCUCUUAUUGAGGUAUACUCCAAAUGCACUAGAAUUUUGAGAUCCAGGCAUCUCUUUGAUCGACUGAUGGUUAAAGAUGCUGUCUCCUAUAACACGAUGAUCUAUGGUUUUCUCCAUCAUGGCAUGGCCAAUGAUGCCAUUACAUUAUUCAAAGAAAUGAUUGCAGAAUCUGUCUCACCAAAUUCCGUGACUGUUCUUAGUCUGCUUGCCGCUUUUGCUGAUCAAAGAGAUUUUGCUAGAGGGAGGUGGAUUCACGGAUUUUCCAUUAGACAUGGCUUCUGUUCAGAUGUGGACAUUGCAAACCAAAUUAUACAUAUGUAUUCCAGUUGUGGAAAGAUUGCAGCAGCAAGCACUGUAUUUGACUCACUGGAAAAGAAAAAUUUGGUUUCAUGGACGGCCAUGAUGAUGGGAUGCUUAUUCUGUGGACAUAAAGAUGAAGUGGUUCGACUAUGUCAAUUGAUGCAGCAACAUGGAGAGAAACUUGAUUCUGUCACUCUUAUAACUGCACUACAGGCUGUUUCUGAGAUUGGACAUCUGAAAGGUAUAAAACAAAUUCAUGGUUUUGUCUCUCGUGCCUUGUUGGAGAAAGAUACAAAGAUCACAAAUUCUUUGAUGACUUCAUACGCAAAAUGUGGAAAGUUGGAUUUGUCAGAAGCUUUGUUCUUUAGUUUGGAACACAGAGACCUGGAUUCAUGGAAUACGAUGAUCAGUGCUUAUGGGAUGCAUGGAUUAUACAUUAAGGUGCUUGAAAUGUAUAAGAAAAUGGAAGAGGAAAACAUUAAGCCUGAUGAGUUAACAUUUUCUUCAGUGCUUUCUGCUUGCAGUCAUGCUGGUCUAGUUAAGGAGGGGUGGUGUAUUUUUCAGUCAAUGAGUUUAGUUUAUUCAGUUCCCCCACAGGAAGAGCAUUAUGGUUGCAUUGUUGAUUUAUUGGGCCGGGCAGGACAGCUAGAAGAAGGAUACAGGUUUAUAAAGUUAUCUAUCUUAAAAGAUAAAUCCAGUGCAUUUUGUGCUUUACUUUCUGCAUGCAGAACUCAUGGAAACACAAUUCUUGGACAGAUUAUUGGCAAAGAGCUCCUUGAGCUUGAACAACAGAACCCAGGUACUUAUGCUUUGAUUUCAGAAAUGUAUGCUCAGAAAGGACAAUGGAGUGAAUCAGCUAAUCUAAGGACUAGAGCUAAAGAAAGUGGGUUGAGAAAACUCCCUGGUUCUAGUUUGAUUGAAACAGUGGAGCAAGCUAUCAAGUAGUAUGUUUUAUCCUCCUAUUUCAGCCUUUAUCAGUAAGGCAUGUUGUUUUUGCACUGUAUACAAUUCUUCUAGUGAAAUGGAGAACAAAACGUACCACUCAGAUCAGUUUCACUUAGAAGAUGGAUCACUGUUGUGUGCUUGAAUACAUCGUUUGAGGCAUCUCUGCAACUGAAGUGCAGCUGAAGAUCUCUGCCUCCGCUUCUCAUGCCAAGCUGGUGCAGCCAUCGCUCCUCCUCCCCGGCUGGCCCAGCGCUGUCGUUGGUGACCAGGUGGGCUUCUAAUCCACUGCAUCCACUGCAUCACCAACCCCUCAGCCCCUCGCUGACCACUUCGAGUCGCCUGCUAUCUAUAACCUCGAGGGCUGCAUCGACCACCCCGACAGCGACAUCUUUGUAUACACCGCGUCCCGGAGAAGGAUCCACUGAUGGUGUUUCUCGAUUCGCAGAUGGCGCAUCAAUCAGCUGCAUCUUCGUAUCAAAGUGGGGGGCACACCCCAUUUAAAGACCUAACGAACGCCCCAACUAAUGGUUAAAUACUAUGGAAGAACUGAACUUUGUCCUGUAUUUUAUGCAGCUAUGUCUAUUGCUCCUGAUGUCAUAUUAUCCACUCACAAAUAGGUGUCAGUAUAAACAAUGACAAUGAGACUCCCACAAGUAUGCGCAUCCACUGGAUGCAGAUCCGAAUGAAGCAGGGGCAGCAAAUUCACUUCUGCAUGUAACCUGUUCUGAGCUUAAGUAUGCCAUUACAGUUUUUGCACUAUUUUUUGCUAUUUUCCUGAAAUUGUAUUUGAGUGCCACCUGGUGUCAACUGAAUGGAAAAGAAUGUUAGUCUUUUUUUUUGGUUGAGUACUGUCCUAAAUUUUCACCUUGCUAGAGAUGGUGAUAAAAAUUAGUAGCUUGUAUCUUGGAUUCUUUUCCUGUGCAAUUUGGAAUAUGAGGGGAGUGGCCUAAACUUGCAACCUGUAGAAAAGUUGUGUAGCUGCUAUCGUGGUGAGAAUUGCAAAUCCCUCAUUUCUUAUUUCUUUUCUUCAAAUGCAUUGAAGGAACAUAGGGGGCAUAUAACGAGAAAAUUAUUAGCAGGAUUGGUAUCCUGAUUACUUGGGAGGGUUGCAUGGAAAAAAAAUGUUCAAGGACAUAUGAGUCAUAUGUUUCAUAUUAUG